UCUGAGCUGUCUGCACUGAUUGAGAAGCUGCAGAAGAACGCUGACAAGGUGGGAGAAGCUCAUCCUUGAGACGGAGAUGAACCUCAACAAGGAUGUGAGUAAGAUCAACGAGGGCAAGCAGCCUCUGUACCAGGACGACACCAACAAGCGCAUCCUAAGCUCUCUGGAGCUGCUGCAAGGCCUGGAUGAGGACGCCGUCGACGCAAAACGCCUGCAGCACCCCCAGGCUGAGAUGAUUGAGCAGGAUAUGAAGCAGCUGAGAGUGAGACUAAGGAAGCUGAGAGAGGACCACGACCGCAUCUACCACCUGACCUGUUCUGAGGGCCUGCCGAGCGUCAACUGGGGCAGGAUCAUAGAGGAGAAACAGGGCAACCUGAGCAACAAGGGUUUUGGUCAGGACCUGCCCACCAUAGAGAACGAGGUGGAGGAACACAACAUCUUUCACAGUGAGGUGGAGGCCCUGGCCCCUCACAUCUCAGCCAGCGACGACAAGGACUCUGCCAGUGCCCUCCAGCUGAAGUACAACAAGCUCCUGGCCAGUUCCAGUGCUCGACAGCGCCACCUGUUGAGCCUGCGUGACUACAUGCAGCGCUGCACUAAUGAGCUGUACUGGAUGGACCAGCAGGCAGGGAGAUCUCUCCCCAGGCCAUCAGUCUAUGACUGGAGCCAGAUACUAACCUGGACUACCCUGCACGUCACAGACAGUAUGAGUAACUAG